CUGCACUCCAGUGUCCAGAAGCUGAAGCUGUAAUCUGCUUUGGAGAGAGCACUGAUUCAGCCCUUGGGCUGUCAUUUCUUGGCACUUGCAUUGGUGAUUUUUCAGGUACUUUGCUUCUAAGGCAUGGAGAAGGCGAUUGUUCGUCCAUAUAAAAGGCCAAAUGCUCUCUGUAGGCUGAUUUGCUUUCCCUGGGCUGGAGGUGGAACUUCUCAUUUUGCUCAAUGGGGCAAACUCUUCAGCAGCUCAAUUGAAGUGUCUGUUGUAAGGCUUCCUGGAAGAGAAAGUCGCGCUAAGGAGCCUUUUGCAAAGGACAUGACAGCUGUCAUUAAUGAAAUAACCAGUGCUUUGCUGAAAGAUCUGCAAGAAAAACCAUUCGCCUUCUUUGGUCACAGUUUUGGAGCUUACAUCAGCUAUGCAGUUGCAGUACACUUGAAAGAAAAGCAUGGACUAGAGCCGAUCCAUCUUUUUUUAUCAGGGGUAUAUGCCCCACAUUCUGAAGCAUUUCUUCUGAUGGGAAAAGUAAACGAAGCAAAGGAUGAAGACAUUCUUGAACAUGUCAAAUUCUUAGGAGGAACUCCUUCUGAGUUUCUGAAAAAUGAGGACAUCAAGAAACACUUGAUACUUACUGUAAGAAAAGAUGUUAGCAUUCUUCAGACAUACUCUUUCGAGAAGGCAGAAAGAAAAACCAUCUUCUCUUGUGAUGUCACCUGCUUUGAUGGCUCUGAAGAAACAGUGCAUGAUGCCGAAGCCUGGCUCAAUAUAACCAGAGGAGAUACUUCCAUUUACAGUCUUCCUGGAGGUCACUUUUAUCUGCUGGAACCUUCAAAUGAAAUUUUCUUGAUAAAACACAUAACCAAGUGCAUAGAAAAUGCUGCUUUAUGAGUAUUUCCCUCUAUUUUAGUAGCAAGUGUAAGUCUACAGCACUUAAUAAUUAAGUCAUUCUUUCUGCUGAAUUGCACUGUUAUGCCUAAAAGUUACUCUGUUCCUCCAGAAGAUCUUCACCAUAAUUCUUUAAAAGGGUUUAAAGAGUUGUUCUGAUUUUUGAAAAUAAACUCUAGCUUUGUAUCUUAAAAAUAAAACACUUUUCAUUUUUUCUCUCUCUUCUCAUCCAGCACAUGCAUAAACCCUUCACUUUAUUCAACAUCAGCUGCCAAAAGUGACA